AUGUUUGAGGAGAAACUCCUUGUCGGUAUUGCUUCUACAUGCUCGGCUUUGGCCAUCGUCGCAACUCUAAUCGUCAUCCCAAGUCUCUACAAUGAGAUCAAUGAGGUGCACAAUGCUGUCAUGGACGGUGUCAACGUUUUCCGCGUGGAGACUGACUCGGCUUGGACUCAAAUGAUGGACAUUCAAAUUGUCGUCUCUCCACCAUCAAAGCCCAGAGCGAAUCCCUUCAACUCGAUCUUCCGUCAGAAACGUCAAGACUUCUCGGGACUCCCAGCUUGGUGUCAAUGUGAGCCAGCAAAGCCCCAAUGCCCACCUGGACCACCUGGACCACCUGGAGAGCCAGGACAACCCGGACAGCCUGGACCACCUGGACCACCUGGAGAUGAUAUCCAUGAGACCUAUGCUCCGAUCACUUGCGCCCCACAAGAUACCUCUUGCAUCAAGUGCCCUCAAGGACCAGCCGGACCCCCUGGUCCCGAUGGAAAUGCUGGACCUGCUGGCUCUGAUGGGCAACCAGGACAGCCUGGAGGACGUGGAAAUGAUGGAGCACCUGGACCCGCUGGAUCCCCUGGAGAUAGUGGAGCAGCUGGAAACCCGGGAACCGAUGGACAGCCUGGAGCCCCCGGAAAAGACGGACAAAAGGGACGUGGAAUGCCUGGAGCUCCUGGACCAUCUGGACAGCCUGGACCCGCCGGACAACCUGGAUCAAAUGGAAACAAUGGACAACCUGGAGCCCCUGGACCACAAGGACCACCUGGCCCAGCUGGAUCUGCUGGACAGCCCGGCCCAGACGGACAACCAGGAGGCCCUGGUGGACCUGGACUUCCCGGUAGCGACGCCGCAUACUGUCCAUGCCCACCGAGAUCGGCUGUCUUCGUCAACCGAUACGCCAAGAAGAGAGCU